GCUCCAUGAAUGGCCAUUUUGCCACUAUUUUCUGACUGCAGGGGGUGACCCCAGCAAUUUAGAUAAUCCAUUAACAACUAAUUGUCUCCUCCUACCCUGUUGCUUGGACAAACAGCCUGAUGGGGGGAGGUCAUGUCCUGCUGACCUAUAAAAGUGCGUGGAUUCCUUCAGCGCUGACCACACUCUCACUGGCACUUUUAAGCUUUGGGUUUUUGCUGUGGAGGUAUUCUCGCUUUCUCUUUGACUCAUUUCUUUUUGAGUUAUUUUUUUUUUGUUUAUUCUUUUUGUGUGGUUUGGAGAUGUGUGGAAAUCUGUGGUUGGUCUGUUUGUGUCUGUCCUUUUAUGGGACGGAAGCACGUAUAUGGGCCUGGAUGCUGAACAUGCCUCACAGUCCUCCCAAAGAAGGAGCAAAAGCACUCAGGCAGAGCGCUCCUGCUACCAAACCAGUCAUGGCUGCAUGCGACCAUGACAGAGCUUGUGGAAGGGGUUUCUCGUGUGAUCGCCACUUUGGCCUUUGUGUGCCUCUAAGAGGGGAGGGUCAUUACUGUCGGAGGGAUGCGCAGUGUGUUCGUGGACUUAGCUGCAUGUUUGGGAAGUGCCACCGCAGCAUUCCUGAUGGACAAGAGGGUGCCAGAUGUAAAGUCGACAGAGACUGCGGAGCAUCCAUGUGCUGCGCCCGGCAUCAUGGUGAGCAAGUGUGCAAAAGAAGACUGAUUCAUGGCGAGAGCUGUUACGUGCCUGAUGGUGGCCUGGCAUUCAGCAUCAACCAGAUUUGUCCGUGUGAUGAGGGCUUACUGUGUCGUGAACAAAAACUCCGGAGAGAGAGGGAUUUUAUAUACCAGCCAGAACAAGCAAGCUGGACCUGUCAAGUGCCCCACCAUUGAUACCGUUAAAAACACAAGUCCUAUUUACUGUGUAAACAAAUUGUUUAUAUAUAUAUAAAUAUACAUGUAUAUAUUUCUAAAUAUCUGUAUAGUUAUUUGCUCAUAUUGGAGACUUU